AUGACCUCAAUUUCAUCCGACGUCAAUGGAUGUGGAGGUUUGAGAGGACCCAUACCAUCAUUGUAUCUGAGGAAACACCGCCACAUAAAGGGUAUUCUUGGUGACACCCUUAGCAAGUUCAGCAUCUGGGGUCUCUACAUAACAUUUGUUCUUGCUGUUGGCCGCUUUAUCAGACUUCAAUGCUCUGACUUAAGAAUGAGAAUCCCCUAUGAAAACCUUCCUUCCUGUGAUAGGUUGAUAGCCAUUUGUGAGGAUAUAUAUGCUGCAAGAGCAGAAGGUGAGCUUGGAGUUGAAGAGGUCCUUUAUUGGACGCUGGUGAAGAUUUACAGGUUACCACACAUGCUGCUCGAAUACACAAAACCCGACUAUACAUGCUACCUCCAGUUGACGAGGACUCAACUAGGUUUAACAUUGACAUUAAGUUUGACUAACACCCAUUAUACAUAUCGGAAAUACAGAUACUGA